AUGGGAAAGGAGAAGACUCACGUGAACGUGGUGAUCAUCGGCCACGUUGACAGCGGCAAGUCCACCACCACUGGACACCUGGUCUACAAAUGUGGAGGCAUCGAUCAGAGAAGGCUGGAGAAGUUUGAGAAAGCUGCAGCUCAAAUGGGGAAGAGUUCCUUCAAGUUUGCCUGGGUGCUGGACAAGCUGAAAGCCGAACGUGAGCGAGGGAUCACCAUCGACAUUUCCCUGCUGAAAUUUAACACCCAGAAAUACACCAUGACCAUAAUUGAUGCACCAGGUCACCGUGACUUCAUUAAAAACAUGAUAACCGGGACAUCACAGGCCGAUGUUGCCCUGUUGGUGGUCUCUGCGGCUAAAGGAGAGUUCGAGGCCGGUGUUUCUAGAAGCGGUCAGACCAGAGAGCACGCCCUGCUGGCUUACACUCUGGGCGUGAAGCAAAUUAUAGUCUGCGUGAACAAGAUGGACCUGACUGAGCCGCCUUACAGCCAGAAACGCUUUGAAGAAGUGGUGCGAGCAGUGAGCGGCUUCCUCAGGAAGAUCGGCUACGACCCCACGGCUGUACCGUUUGUUCCCAUUUCUGGCUGGACUGGCGAGAACAUGAUCACUACAACCCAGAAGAUGCCAUGGUUCCAAGGUUGGAAAGUCAGACGAAGGGAAGGGACCGCAUGUGGGAAAACUCUGCUGGAAGUCCUGGACUCCAUUCACCCGCCUGUACGCACAAUCAACAAGCCGCUACGAUUACCUCUGCAGGAUGUGUACAAGAUUGGAGGAGUUGGUACUGUGCCAGUGGGUAAAAUCGAAACCGGCGUCCUCAAACCUGGCAUGACCCUGAUGUUCUCCCCCGCCAAGCUCACGGCAGAGGUCAAGUCCAUCGAGAUGCACCACCAGGGCCUGCAGACGGCUCUUCCGGGGCACAACGUCGGCUUCAACAUCAAGAACGUGGCCGUGAAGAACCUGCGGCGGGGAGAUGUGGCCGGCAAUGCCCAGCAGGAUCCUCCCUCAGACGUCAGCAGCUUUGAGGCUCAGGUGAUCGUCCUCAACCAUCCAGGGAAGAUCAAGUCGGGAUACUCCCCCGUCCUGGACUGCCACACUGCCCACGUCACCUGCCGCUUUGCUGAGCUGAAGGAGAAGCUGGACCGCCGGACGGGCAAGAAACUGGAGGACAACCCGCAGAUCCUGAUGUCUGGAGACGCUGCUACAGUCAAACUGGUUCCCAUCAAGCCCAUGUGUGUGGAGAGCUUCUUCACAUACCCUCCUUUAGGUCGCUUUGCAGCAAGAGACCUGAAGCAGACGGUGGCUGUCGGGGUCAUCAAGUCGGUGGUUAAAGACCAAACACCGAAACCUCCGCAAAAAGCCCCAGUGUGUAAAUAA